CCAGGAUGAAGGUGUUGCUGUCGUUGUCGCUGCUGUGCCUGCUGGUGGAGGUCCUCACCAACUACGCUCAUCAGACCUACCGCCUGCACUACCGGGGCGCCGCCCUCUGCAACACCUACACCACGAGGAAAGCCUCGGUCGACAGCGUCAUCACGUGCGCAUCGCUUGCACUGUCAGUGAACGCCCCAGCGUUUGCUUACUGUAAGGGCGAGGCCGCGGACUGCAUCCUGGCGACCUCAAACUAUACUGUGGGAACCUGGGCCUCCUCAGCGCCAUCCUGCCUCUUGUACUCCAGCUCCCCUCCGUUACCUCCGCCUCCACCACCGCCUCAGGGUACGAAGAUCUUCGUGCUGAGUAGGGGCAGUACGGUAUUUGGCGACUUGACGUCGCUCAGCACCAACGACCUCUGCGCGGCGGAUGGUCUCCAGUUUGCCGUGGUCGCAACUCCUGCUGAGCUCCAGCUUCUGCUUGACCAAGUUGGGGCCG